UCUUUUCUCAUUACUUUCUAUUGAGAUACUCUCGCUCUACUUUCUCUCUCUCUCUCUCUCUCUCUCUCUCUCUCUAAGCGUCGAAGAUGGUGCUCUCCGCUGACGCUGCUCGCACUGUCGUCGGUAUCAUUGGGAAUGUCAUCUCCUUCGGACUGUUUAUUUCUCCAGUCCCCACAUUCUAUCGGAUCAUAAAGAAGAAGUCAGUGGAGGAAUUCAAGCCCGAUCCUUAUCUAGCAACAGUGCUCAACUGUAUGCUGUGGAUCUUCUAUGGAAUGCCAUUUGUUCAUCCUGACAGCCUUCUUGUUGUCACCAUUAACUCUGUUGGGUUAGUUUUCGAGCUCAUUUAUUUGGGCAUUUUCUUUAUCUACGCCAAGAAAGAUGGACGUAAAAAGGUGGCCUAUUGGCUUGCUGGUGAAGUUCUCUUCUUUAUCGCUGUUGUUCUGUUGGGCCUGUUGCUAUUCAACGACACUAAGACGAGGUCUCUAUUUGUUGGGAUUUUCUGUGACAUUCUCAACAUCUUGAUGUACUUUUCUCCUCUUACCAUCAUGAAAAAGGUUAUCGUGAACAAGAGUGUGGAAUACAUGCCCUUUUAUCUUUCUUUGGCCAACUUCCUCAAUGGUUCCGUUUGGACUGCUUAUGCCCUUAUCAAGUUCGAUAUCUAUGUGCUGGUGAGCAAUGGUCUAGGUGCAAUUUCCGGAGCUAUUCAACUCAUCUUGUACGCCGUCUACUGCAGGUAUACACCAAAACACGGUGACGGCAAAGGUUCAAAACAAAGUGAAUUGGAGCUCUCUACCAACACCAACUUACAAAUCGAAACGGUCUGAUCAGCCAAUGCACAAAUCGAAACGGCCUGAUAAGCAGUGGGCUAAUUCUGCUACUAUUU